AUGUCAAUUCCUCCGCAGCUCAUCCGCGUCAAGCGGAAACGGGUCGAGGAAGCCCCCGUCACUUUUCUUCAAUUUGACGAUGGCCAGAAGAGGCAUCGUAGUGGCAGCAACUGGGCAUACCAGCGUCGAGAUCCCGCGUCUCAACCCGCCCCGCAAGCGAGCGACAGACCUGUCAUCCACACCUCUCACCCGGAAGAUGCCUCUGCCCCCGCCGACAAUCUCGCCAGAGCGCAUCCUCCACUAGAUGCGGCCGCAUCUCCAAUUCGAGAGGCCGGCCUCGGUUUGGUGGAGCCGCGAAGGUUUCAUCUCUCGCGGUCGACCCUGGCAGCAGCAAAGGGCCCAGCCCUCAAUGCCAGAAUCUCCAAGCAGGCACGGAGCGUGCCCACCAUCUUUGUCGAGCGAAGCCGGAAUGGCAAGCCCUCGAAACCCCGGAUGGAUCUCGCAGCACUACAAGUGGCGUCGCAAGACGAGAGUCAAGUGCCGAUACCAAGUCCUGCUCCCCUAGACACGGUCGAGAGAAAUCAAUUGAAGCGGCCAGGCGUCGUAAGCAAAUCUCGCCAACUUCGCCAAGAUGCACCGGUUCACGCGCCUCUUCCGACGUCGCUCACGAACCGCCAUACCGAGGACAUGGAUAAGAUUGCUUCCGACAUGAACCGCUGGGUUCUCAACGAGCUCGGCGCAAAUCUCCAUAGCAUGGAGCAGGAGAAGCGACAAGCCAAGAAACCAAGGUUCAAGCCCAGGGCGCCCGCUCAGAGAUAUAUAGAGCGUCAUCCGGAAUCUGCUCCAGCCAAUGAGCCCCAGGACGUAGUCAUGGACGAAGCCAGCGAAGAGGAGGGCGACGAUGACGAUUGGAUCAUCGAGGAGUAUGUGCGCAUCCCAGCGAACUCGGUCGCCUUGAACGUGUCUCCCUCGGACAUUGGCGUCUUAGUCCUGGAUGACGACGAUGAGACCUUACUCUUCUUCGGAUCCAUGCACGAGGACGACGACGACCUCGAGGACGACGACGACGAGAACGCCGAGAACCACUACACAGCAGACUACCCGGAGGACGAGGUCGAGUCGGACGAUGAAUACGGCCGUCAGCCUUACUGCUACCGCAACGGCGCCGCCUCCGACGACGAGGAGUUUGACAACACCAUUUGCUCUGAAGGGGAGGACAACGACGACCUGCUCCUGGGUGGCGACGGGGAUGAUGAUGAUGACGAGACCAGGUUGGCCCGCAUCCGGGCCUUUAUGCAGCGCAACUCGGCUUUCGGAUGA